UACCGCUAACCCAAAACGUGACGGAAGUGUUUUAUGAAACGUGUUCAUACCACUAACCCAGAAGUGUUGUGACAAACAUAAUCUAACCCCUGAUCAAGAAAGUGUGUGUCUUUCUUAAACGUUAAUCGAACCCUGACCGUGUGAAAGCGAACUAAAAGGUGUAAAAAAGUGAAGUUUCCAACAAACCCGUAAAAGUGACAAAAAAGUGAACGUUUAACAAACAUUACAAGUGCUUAUCUAACCAGUUAAAAUGUCGCUAAUUCGUUCGCCGGCGGCUGUGUCUGGACCGUCAAGGGAGCAGGAGGCUUUGCCUGAACCGUCAAGGGCGCCAGACGCGAACGGAGCAAACCAGAACGAGGACAGCGUUUCAGAUGUGUUCCCUCUCCUCGAUGACAUCGCAAGGGCUGAACGCCAAUUGAUCCACCUAUUUCGGCAGUUAGAUCGCAUGGAGGCCAACUACAACCAGAGGAAAACGGACGUUGCGGCACUCAAGCUGAUUGCGGUAAGACUAAACGAACUUUCUUCCGAAGCAGCAGCCGUGUUUUCUGUGUUAUUUGAAGAAACUGAUGAAACUAAGUACAAGCUGGCAGAAGAGCGCUAUAGCAGUUUCGAUGACAGGAUUUUUGAUCUGAAGGUAAACAUACAACAAGGUAUGUUGGCUCUUACUCCUAACAUUCAAUUAACAAAAAGUGAUCCCGAUCGAGAAAAGCCAUGCGUUAAAUCAAACCGUGUAAAACUUCCCGAACUAAAAUUGCCCAGUUUUGAUGGAACCAUUCGAGAUUGGCCACCUUUUCGUGACGCAUUUUGUUCCAUGAUCGAUUCAUCAGACCAGUUGUCCGAUAGCGACAAACUAUCAUAUUUGCUGACCACCGUAACAAAGGAAGCAAAACGAACAAUAGAAAACAUUCCGAUCACAUCCGCUAACUACGCCGUUGCCUGGAAACUUCUUACCGAUCGAUACGAAAACAAAUAUCUUCUUAUCAAAGCAUAUUGCGAUGCGCUGUUCGAGAUUCCCGCCUCCAAAAAGGAGUGUGCCGAAACGCUCAACAGUAUUGUUAACGAAUUCGAACGAAAUCUGCGCCUGUUGCAAAGCGAGGGAGAAAAAACGGAGCACUGGAGUACCCUUCUCGUUUUUCGUCUUACCUCUCUUCUUGAUCCUACCACGCUGCGACAGUGGGAGUUAACGCGCAGCAACAAAACCAUACCAUUGUACAGCGAGCUGGUCGAAUUUCUUCGAAAUCAUUGUCGUACGUUGCAAUCCGUAAACAAGCUAUCUGUCUCGCUCAAACCAAUUGACACAAAUCGAUCAAAAGAACAUGCCAGAGAUUUCGGCCGAAAAGUGCAAACCGUUCACGCAGCAACACUCGACUUGAACAAGUGUGUGUUUUGUUCUCAAACUAAGCAUUCGCCAUUUCUUUGUCCCGUCUUCAGACAAAUGCCAGUUUCGAAACGAAAAGAAUUGGUAAAAAACAAAGCCUUGUGUUUCAACUGUUUUUCUUCAAAUCAUCGACUGAACCAAUGCAGUUCGAGUUCUUGCCGGGUUUGUGGAUUGAAACAUCAUACAAUGCUGCACGCGGAAAAUGUUUCGCAGCCAGCCCCAUCUCCUUCUGUUACUGUUCCACGAACACAAGAACCACACACGUCGGUUUCACAUUCUGAUCGCACACAAUUAAACCCUGAACCGUCCACUUCUUAUUCUCACGUAUCGAUGAUAACGCAGCCAACCCAAAUCAUACCGAAACAAGCACAAAUAUUACUUCAAACAGCGAUAGUUUCUGUCUCUAACUCAGUCGGUAAACCCUUACCUGUACGCAUAUUGCUCGAUUCCGGUGCGCAAUUGAAUAUUGUAACUGAACGAUUGAUACAUCGUCUUCGCUUGCAAAAACAUCGCGAAAUGCAUCGCAUUGGCGGAAUCGGCAAAACUAACCUGGUGUCGCAAAGUUACGCAAAUUUAGACAUUCAAUCACGGCACAAAGAUUUCAAGGCAAUCGUAAAAUGUCAUAUACUUCCGGAAAUAACUCGUGAGCUUCCUAGCAGUCCCAUAGACAUUUCCUCAUGGGAAUUGCCAUCAAAUAUCGAACUUGCUGACCCAACCUUUUACCAACCUGGACAAAUAGAUAUGCUUAUCGGUAUCGAUUUGUUUUAUGACAUCAUACAAGAAGGCUUAAUUAAACUUCCAAACAGCAAAACCGUAUUGCAGAAUACUUGCCUUGGCUGGGUGGUUGCUGGACACCCACCAAUUGAUCAUACGCCUUACGCACAAACCUCGAAUGCUUUUCAUGCUUGUAGCAUUGAAGAGCAAGUGGCAAGAUUUUGGGAGCUCGAAUCAUGUCAAAGCAAAAAAGGUAUGUCGGUAGAAGAAACGACAUGCGAAGAACAUUUUAUCAAUACAUACAAACGCGAUUCAAAUGGCAGAUUUGUUGUUCGCUUACCCAUAAAACCGAACGUACUUACCCAGUUGGGAAACUCUUACCAUACCGCGAUGAAGCGACUUGACCAACUGAACAACAAAUUUAUUAAACAACCUGAAUUGAAGGUAGCAUACAGUGCUUUCUUAACAGAAUAUUUGAACCUAGGUCAUAUGGAACAAAUAUUUCAAACCGAAACCGAACCGUCCUAUUUCUUACCUCAUCAUGGUGUACUUCGUUCAGACAGCUUAACCACAAAACUGCGUGUAGUUUUUGACGCUUCUUGUCGUUCUGAUACAGGUGUAUCAUUAAACGAUGCGUUAAUGGUAGGACCGGUAGUGCAGGACGAUCUAAUCACAAUCAUUCUAAGAUUCCGUAUGUCGAAAUAUGCGUUGGUAGCCGACAUAGAAAAAAUGUAUCGGCAAAUAUUAGUCCACGAAUCAGACCGUCCGUUACAGCGCAUAGUUUGGAAAUCAGAUACAGAUAAACCGGUACAAAUAUUUCAACUGAAAACAGUUACUUAUGGUACUUCAGCUGCACCUUAUCUAGCGACCCGAUGCUUAACCCAACUUGCAAAAGAAAGUGAAAAUACACACCCUGUUGCUUCAAAAGUGCUCAACAGAGACUUUUACAUGGACGAUCUGUUGACAGGAGUAAACGAUCUCGAACAUGGUAAUUUACUCUGCAGUCAACUAAUUUCGUUGCUCGAUUCAGCUGGCUUUCGUCUACACAAAUGGGCGUCUAACGCCACAGAACUUCUCGCAAAUAUUCCUAAACAGCUUAAAGACGAAAGAUCCAUCCUACAGCUUGACGAAUCAUCAAAACCCAUAAAAACUCUCGGUUUGAAAUGGGAUACCACGAGCGACAAAUUCAUCAUCGAUGCACCUAAAUGGCCUGAUCACAACCUUAUCACGAAACGUACCGUACUAUCAGAUACAUCACGCUUAUUCGACCCAUUGGGAUUGGUCGGACCCCUAAUCUUGCUAGCUAAACUCUUUUUGCAGGAUCUGUGGAAGGAACAGAUCAGUUGGGACGAACCAUUAUCUAAUGUAUUUGAGCAACGAUGGUUGUUCAUCCGUGACAAUCUGGCGCAACUGCAUGAUCUUACUAUUCCUCGAUGGGUGAUGUCUACAUCCAAACCCGUAUGCGUAGAGCUUCAUGGCUUUUGCGACGCGUCCGAAAAGGCCUAUGGAGCAUGCGUUUAUGUUCGUACAGUAGAUCAGUCCGGAAACAUAUCAUCUAACUUACUUGUUUCCAAAUCACGUGUGGCACCCAUAGGAAACUCAAAGAAGGAGCGAAAGUUAAGUUUGCCCAGAUUGGAGUUGUGUGCUGCUCAUUUGCUCGCUCAACUUUAUCAAAAGGUACGUACAUCCUUACAGGCCGAUCUUACAACAUAUUUCUGGUCAGAUUCCACCAUCGUCUUACACUGGUUGUCGUCGCCAUCAUCACGCUGGAAGAACUUCAUAGCAAACCGUGUAUCUGACAUUCAACACCUGACUUCUGAUAACUGGCACCAUGUUCCUGGCGUACAAAAUCCCGCAGAUUUUAUAUCUCGUGGAGCGAAUCCUGAUCAACUGGCAUGCUGUCAAUCGUGGUGGCAGGGUCCUGACUGGUUGACUAAGUCAUCAGAGUUUUGGCCGAUUCAGCAACAUUUACCUGAUCAUCAAACUAGCAGUGAAGUGCUAGAAGAACGAACCGUACUACUUAACCAGACCAUCGAAACGAAUCCCAUAUUUUUGUUGUACUCAUCUUACCCCAAACUGCAGCAACGUGUUGCAUGGAUACGUCGUUUCCUGUACAACAUCAAACCAGCUAACAAAGAUAAACGUCUUUACCCGUACCUCACUCUACAAGAACUUCAAGAGGCAACCAAAUGUCUUGUACGAAUGGCUCAAAAAGAAGUUUUUGGUGCCGAAUUUUUAAGUCUGCAAAAAUCUGGCCAAGUUGAUUCUAAUUCCCGUCUGAAAUCGCUUACCCCAUACCUGGACGAUGAUUUACUGUAUGUUGGCGGGAGACUUCGUCAUGCUGAUGUGUCUCCGUCCCGGAAACAUCCUCUGAUUUUGCCAGCUGGGCAUCCUCUUUCAAUGUUGAUUGCUAAUCAUUACCAUUUUUGUUACCAACAUGCCGGAGCAACAUUACUAAUUUCUCUUCUAAGGGAGAAAUUCUGGCCGCUUCGAGCAAGGAACCUGGCUCGCCGAGUAGUUCAUUCCUGUGUGAGCUGUUUUCGAAAUCGACCAACAACGCUGGAACAGCUCAUGGGAGACCUGCCGCGAGAACGUGUCACACCAACCUUACCCUUCUUACGGACUGGAGUGGACUUAUGUGGUCCUAUUUUCUACAAAUAUCCUAAUCGAAAAGCUCAACCAGUCAAGGGCUAUGUAGCUAUCUUCGUUUGUCUGGUCGUAAAAGCAGUACAUAUAGAGAUGGUUGCAGAUCUCUCUACCAACGCCUUCCUGGCCGCCCUUCGACGUUUCGUGUCACGACGUGGUCGACCACAGCUGAUCGAGUGUGACAACGCGAAAAACUUCAUUGGAGCUUCUCGAGAAGUGGCACAAUUAGCAAAACAAUUUCAAACUCAGCAGUUUCAACAGACCGUUAUCAAAUCAUGUGCCAACGACAGUAUCGAAUUCAAAUUCAUACCUCCGCGUUCCCCCAAUUUCGGCGGAUUGUGGGAAGCCGCUGUAAAGUCAUUUAAGGCUCAUCUCAAACCCACCAUCGGAAACGCCAUUCUUACUUACGAAGAAUUUACUACCUUGCUAACCCAAAUCGAAGCUUGUUUGAAUUCUAGGCCGCUUACCCCGAUGUCUUCUGACCCGAACGACUAUGAAGCUCUGACCCCGGCACAUUUCCUAAUACACCGCUCUAUCGUGGGACUUGCGGAACCAUCUUACGAGUCGAGACCUAUCAACCGACUGGACCGUUACGAGCAGGUUCAAGAGUUUCUGCGCCGCUUGUGGAAUCGAUGGUCAUCGGACUACCUAUCGGGCCUUCAUCCUAAGACCAAGUGGACUAAACAGCGAGAUAACAUCACCCUGGGCACUAUGGUUUUGGUGAAGGAAGAUAAUCUUCCCCCGCGUAAAUGGUGUUUAGGGCGAGUAACGGACAUCGUGAAAGGAGCGGAUGGAAACGUCCGAGUAGUUUUUGUUAGAACUAAGGAUGGUGAAUUCAAAAGGACUAUCUCUAAGCUUUGCGUCCUUCCAAUCAGACAGACUACUUCAGAGGAGUGUUGAAUCUCUUGGUGAUUCAACGGGGGGGAGGAUGUUGAGGAAAUCGUAUUCCGUUUAGCAUACGUGCGCGCGAGAGAGAGAGAAGGAGAGAGAGAGGGAACUUAAUCGUGUCGCCGUGCGCUGCUCGACGAGAGAGCGCAACGCGCUGACCGAGAGAAUUCUUAUCAGCUUAAUCAGUCGCGUUCUGAACUCUGACCCGAUCAGUAGCGUUCUGAUCCCCGUUCCAACAAGUAGCGUUCUGAUCCCCAUACCAACAGGUCGCAUUUUGACCUCAGACCCAAAAAGUCGCGUUCUGACCAAUCUGUUCUAAAGUGAAAUAAACUUGUGAAUUAACAACAUCUUACAAACAUAUAUAGUGUUCGGACAAUUAAAAGUGCAUAUCACAUCUAACCCCAAAACCCCCUACAGACCUAAUUAAAGGUUAUUGAUAUGAGGUGCAAUUUAUACAUUGUAUUUAUACGGAGUGAGGUGUUUGUCAUUAUGUGCCUAUGCUGCGCUUUUAGUGUUUACCGAAAGUAUAAACUGUUCUAGCCAAA